AGGGGACGGACGGGACGGCGGCAGAGAAGGCCAGCGGACAGGUGGAGAGAUGGCGACGGGCGCAGACGUGCGGGACAUCCUGGAGCUGGGCGGUGUGGAGUCAGAGAACACGGGCACCAUCAACAAAAAAGACAUCAUCAACUCGGAUAAGAAAAAAUCCAAGAAAUCUUCAGAGACGCUGACCUUCAAGAGGCCGGAAGGAAUGCACCGAGAAGUUUAUGCACUCCUCUACUCUGACAAAAAGGAUGCACCUCCGCUGCUGCCAAGUGACACAACUCAGGGUUAUCGAACGGUCAAAGCCAAACUGGGGUCCAAGAAAGUCCGGCCUUGGAAGUGGAUGCCCUUCACCAACCCAGCGAGAAAAGAUGGAGCGAUGUUUUACCACUGGAGGAGAGCAGCAGAGGAAGGGAAGGACUACCCUUUUGCCAGGUUCAAUAAAACGGUGCAGGUACCCGUCUACUCGGAGCAGGAGUACCAGAUGUAUCUCCACGACGAUGCGUGGACCAAAGCUGAGACAGACCACCUCUUUGACCUGGCUCGGCGUUUUGAUCUGCGCUUUGUGGUGAUUCAUGACCGCUAUGAUCACCAGCAGUUCAAGAAAAGAUCAGUGGAAGACCUGAAGGAACGGUAUUACCACAUCUGUGCCAAGCUGGCUAAUAUUCGUGCAGCUCCAGGCACAGACCUGAAAAUCCCAGUCUUCGAUGCUGGCCAUGAGAGACGAAGGAAGGAACAACUGGAAAGGCUGUACAACAGGACACCGGAGCAGGUGGCAGAAGAAGAAUACCUCAUCCAGGAGCUCCGCAAAAUCGAAACCAGGAAGAAAGAGAGAGAAAAGAGAACCCAAGACCUGCAGAAGCUCAUCACAGCUGCUGACACCACUACUGAGCAGAGACGUGCCGAACGCAAGGCUCCCAAGAAGAAGCUGCCCCAGAAGAAGGAGACAGAGAAACCUGCUGUUCCUGAGACUGCUGGCAUCAAGUUUCCUGACUUCAAAUCUGCAGGUGUCACGCUGCGAAGCCAGAGGAUGAAACUGCCAAGCUCGGUGGGACAGAAGAAGAUUAAAGCCCUGGAGCAGAUGCUGAUGGAACUCGGAGUAGAUCUCAACCCCAUGCCCACAGAGGAGAUCGUGCAGAUGUUCAACGAGCUGCGGAGUGACUUGGUGCUGCUCUACGAGCUGAAGCAAGCCUUUGCCAACUGCGAAUAUGAGCUGCAGAUGCUACGGCACCGCUACGAGGCCCUGGCCAAAGCUGGUAGUAUCGGCCCCCUCGGUGCGGAAGGUACCCACCCAGACGGCCAGGCCGGGCUCGGCAUCGAGGAGGUCAAGGGAGAUGCCAAGGACCAGAUCAUUGAUGUAGUAGGAGCACCACUGACCCCCAACUCGGUGAGAAGGAAGGUUGGGGGGGCAGAACAGGGAGCGCUCAGGUCUCCGACGCAGAUGCCCUGA